GAAAUUAUAUACUGAAUACACAACUGGAUCGAUGGUCGCACUGGACCAGCUGCUCGGAAAAGUGCUACAGUAUGACAUCCACUCGAAGCAGAUCCCGUAGCCGCAGUCCAGCCGCCUUUGAAGUGGAGGUGAAGCUCUUGUCCGGCGAAACGCUCGUCACGAUCGACGUCAAUGCAGCAGAUUCGCUGGUGCAGCUGCGCGAGAAGAUUGAUGCCUUGGAUCCUGAGAGGGAUGCCUUCCCUCACAGCGUGCUCAUGUUUGGCGACCGAGAGCUGGACUUCUGUGACACUGCAGGUCAUUUGGGUCUUUGUCAAGGCUCCGUUCUCACUUUAUUGCGACUUCCGCCGAGGAAGCUUUGCACUGCUUCAGAGGAUGGAACUGCACGCAUAUUUGAACUGCACACUGGGAAAAGCCUCAGCAUUCUCGGAGGGCACUGCAGUGCUGUGGUCUCAGUCAGCUUCUCGGAGGAUGUCACGAGAGCUUUGACCAUGACUUCAGCGCGCUCCAUUGCGAUGUACGAUUCGACCACGGGAGUGCAGCUGUGGAGGGUCCUGGGCCCCGUGCAGGACGCCUGUCUCGCGGCAGAUGGAAGAAGAGUGCUGGUCAUGGAUUCACAUUCUGUGGUGGGUUUGCUGGACGCACAAUCGGGGCGCUUGCUCACAAACUUGGUGCAUCAUGCGUACUUUGUUUGCACGGCAGUCUUCUCUCCUGAUGGCAAAGCUCUUCUCACCAGCUCUGUCGAAGGCUUUGCACGGCUAUUUGAUGUGGAGACUGGUGGUUGCACAGUCACCUUCGGUCGUCCGACGGGUGGAAGGCGUGUGGGCAUGUCUGCCGCUGCCUUCUCACCAGAUGCUAGCAAAGUGCUUGCAAGCUUAUACGAUGGCUCUGCUGACCUCUAUGCUCGCACUGGGGAGCGGAUUUGCACUUGCGCCGGUCACACAGCCCCAUUGCGAUCGUGCAUUAUGUCACCAGACGGCAAGAUGAUCCUCACCGCAUCCAAAGAUGGUGCAUCAAAGCUGUUUUGUGCAGACACUGGCGCAUGCCGCUGCACCUUUCAAGCGGCCUCUGACGCGGCACUUUGCAGUGCCAAAUUCUCUCCAGACCUGUCCAAGGUCCUGACAGCUGGGCAAGAUGGUACUGCCCGGCUUUUUGAUGCGCGCACUGGAGCGUGUUUACAGGAAUUUCCUGAUCACGCUGCACCAGUGCUCAGUGCAACACUAUCGAUUGAUGGGACUCUUGUGCUUACAAGCUCUAGCGACUUGGAAGCGAAGCUGUUCGAUGCCAAAACGGGCAAGUGCCUACGAAGCUUUUCGGAGGAGAAUGGCUUUGUCACCUGCGCACAAUGGGCACCCGGUGGUCGGCAACUGCUCCUCGCCUUCUUCAGUGGGCGGGUAGCGGUUUUUGAUCCACUGAGCAAUGCCUUUGUCCAAGAAUUUCCUGGACACCGUGAUUGUGUGCAUUCAAUGAAACUGAUUUGAGGGAGAUCAUGAACAGCGCAGCCAACGGAGGGCGGAAGAACUAGCUCAAAGCUGAAUAGCUGCGGCAGUUGCAUAGAGAUUGGUAGACUGGCUGCUUCCUCUAGAGUCCAGAGCAAUGCACUGGCAACAGCAUGUUCAGGCUCGGCUCAGUCCCGUCUCUUAAAAGGUUCUUAUGACAAUGCUUCUCACCUGUAAAUCAUCCAUGCUUGUUCCACAAUUGGCCGCACGCUUCCAAGCCAGCGCCGCAAUUUGAGAUGGACGUUCGCCUUUGCACUGAGCCCGCCUAGCCGCCAGAAAAGGUGAAGGUGCCCGCGGCAGUCCUGCAACGCAACAGGUGCGGCAGUCGCCUGCAGAACGUCCUGAGGCCGGAUCUCAAGAUGGGCGGCUUUGGUCGAACCUGUGGCCUGGCUUAGUGGCAGGCAUGUUUGUCGAACCUGUGAUGCUUCACUCGUUUGACAAGCUCAGGCGGGAUCCAUUUGGUACUGGGUCGGGAUCUUGUGAUCAGUCACAUCCUGCUGUUUUGCAGUGUGACGACGAUGAUGCAAGAAGGAUGAAAUUAUGAAAGCAGCUGUUCAUGUUUUUUUGCUUGCCAAUUAUUGCAUUGGUUUAUUGUUUGGCAAUGCAUGUUACACUGCUGAAAGGAGGGUGGAAAAUCCAAGGAUCCCUUCCUAGCUUAGUGCUGCUCAGUAUAUAGCAGCUGAGGCCACAGCAUGGAAGGUGGUGUGUCAUUGAUCCCAUCUCUGGCAGGAACUUGACAGAGUUCAGAGAGGGGCAUCAGCCAGCUGUGAUUGCCAGCUUGGCGCAGCAAACCUUGCGCAAGCUGCAAGAGGAGAGUGAAUAAUGAAUAGAUCCACCACUAGACAGGGAACAUGCGCAGGGCCCAAAGUGGCCUCGUAAAGGCCAUUCAUGGAGACUUUACCAUGCAAGAAUGUCCCAAGUGACAGUCCGCGCCAAGGAUGAGGCUGAUGAAGUGUUUUCAAGGCCGUGCGUGCGCAAAAUAGUCCGAGAGCUCUCCUAAUAGUUGUAAGAUGUUGGAACCUGAUAGAACCUGCAUUAAAAUAUGCCAAAAUACGGCUCUUUUUUGCCACUGAGAGGGAUCAAGGUUAUGGCUCAUGCGUGGAACUGCUACUUUGCCAAAGUCGAACAGUCGAAUGAUUCGAAUGAUCCUCAA